GGCGGCGUUACGGACGAGGUGUUAUUGCCAGUGGACAUGAACAGGCUUUUAUUCAAAAAAGAAAACCGAGACAUAUACAUUACCACACCUGACUGUUUUGUGGGUGUAUUCACCACGCAACGAGCGUCGACGUCUUUUUUAUUUUGAGCGUUUUUUCCUUCAAAAUGUUCACGUUGUAGCUCGAUCGCUAACCGACCAGCUGGCUAACAGAGAGCAGUUACUAGCUAGCUAGCUAUCUAUCACAGCCAAGCCGCCGUGAAGAGUAGAAUGGGAGAAAAGCUGGAGCUCAAGCUCAAAUCGCCGGUUGGAGCAGAACCUGCUGGCUAUCCGUGGCCUUUACCAGUAUAUGAUAAACACCAUGAUGCAGCUCAUGAAAUUAUUGAGACUAUUCGGUGGGUGUGUGAGGAGAUUCCAGACCUCAAACUGGCAAUGGAAAACUAUGUACUCAUUGACUACGACACCAAGAGCUUUGAGAGUAUGCAGAGGCUUUGUGACAAGUACAACAGGGCCAUUGACAGCAUUCACCAGCUGUGGAAAGGGACGACUCAGCCGAUGAAGCUGAACAAGCGUCCCUCCAACGGGCUGCUGAGACACAUCCUGCAGCAGGUGUACAACCACUCAGUGACUGACCCAGAGAAGCUGAACAACUAUGAGCCCUUCUCCCCUGAGGUGUAUGGAGAGACCUCUUUCGACCUAGUGUCUCAGAUCAUUGAUGAGAUAGAAAUGAUGGAAGACGACACAUUUGUCGACCUUGGCAGUGGAGUGGGACAGGUAGUGCUGCAGGUUGCUGCAGCGACCAAUUGUAAACACUACUACGGUGUAGAGAAAGCAGACAUUCCAUCUACCUAUGCAGAGACCAUGGAUAAAGAGUUUAAAAAGUGGAUGAAAUGGUAUGGGAAGAAACAUGGAGAGUACACACUGGAGAAAGGUGACUUUCUGUCUGAGGAAUGGAAGGAAAGGAUUGCCAACACAAGUAUUAUUUUUGUGAAUAACUUUGCCUUUGGUCCAGAGGUUGAUCACCAGCUGAAGGAGCGCUUUGCUAAUAUGAAGGAAGGUGGGAAAAUUGUGUCCUCCAAGCCUUUUGCACCUUUAAAUUUUAGAAUAAACAGUCGAAACUUGAGUGAUAUUGGCACAAUAAUGCGUGUGGUGGAGCUCUCUCCACUCAGGGGCUCUGUGUCCUGGACUGGAAAGCCAGUUUCCUACUACCUGCAUACCAUAGACCGCACCAUACUUGAAAACUAUUUUGCUAGUCUCAAAAAUCCUAAACUCAGGGAAGAGCAAGAGGCAGCUAGGCGUCGUCAACAGAAGGAUACAAAGGACAGUAAAAGCAACAGCACCACGCCCACCAAACCUAAAGAACAAAAUAAGCAGGACUCCUGUGGUGAGGAGGAGCGUCCAAGCCUGGUGACAGUUGUCAAGCCCCCACCCAAACCCCGGCGAACCCGUCUCAUGUCCAAAGGUCGCAAAAUGAACAACAAGAAGCGCGGUCGACCCAAGAAAGCUGCCCCGGCCACUGAGAAGAAAAAUAAGAAGAAUCAGAGCGCUCUGGAUUUGCUGCAUGCCAAGACCCUUUCAGCAGCACCCCCUCAGGAUGCAUACCGGCCACCUCAGAGUCCCUUCUACCAGCUACCUCCCAAGGUCCAGCACUAUCCCUCAAGUCAACUGCUGCUGAGCCCGACUCCUCCUGGCCUGCAACAACUGCUAGAUAACAUCAAAGUCCAAUACCUUCAGUUUAUGGCCUACAUGAAGACUCCUCAGUACCGCUCCAACCUGCAGCAGCUUUUAGAUCAGGAGAAGCAAAAACACAGGGACCUGUCAGGACAGGUAGAACAGCUCCACUCAGCCUGUCAGUCUCACAAGGACAAGAUCAAAGGUCUCUUUCAGACCAAACUAGACGAGCUGGGAGUGAAAGCCUUGACUGUGGAGGACCUGCUGCAGGCUCAGAAGGAGAUCUCAGCCCACAAUCUUCAGCUGAAAGAGCAGACAAAGCAGCUCGAAAGAGACAUGGCAUUGUUGAGAGACCACAGCCUGCUGCUGCUGAAGUCCCGAUGUGAGGAGCUAAAGCUGGAUUGGGGCUCUUUGUGUCUGGAAAGUUUGUUAAAAGAGAAGCAGGCACUGCGCAGACAAAUCUCUGAGAAACAGAGACACUGCUUAGAGCUGCAGAUAAGCAUUGUGGAGCUGGAGAAGAGUCAAAGGCAGCAGGAGCUGAUGCAGCUCAAAUCAUCCUACAGCCCCUGUGAGGGCUCCCCGUACAGAAAGAACCUGGAAUCCCGCUCUUCCACGGACAUGGACUCUGCGAAGCUCGGCCUGUCUUCAGCUCCAGCUCUCAACGGAGUCAGCCCUGAGCUGUCCAUCAAUGGCACCAGUUCACCCUGCUUCGACCGGGUCAGCACCAAAGGGGAGCUACUUUCUCGCUACUUACCCAUCUCACCAGACCACGAGAUUGUUCCGGCCUCCAAUGAUGCCCGCCAGAGGCAGCAAAGUUCCUCCCACGCUCUUCCUGAUUACACACGAUUCUCCCCCGCCAAGAUUGCCUUGCGGAGGCACCUGAACCAGGACCCCACUGCCUCUGUUCACUUGAGAGCUCCAGGGCUCACCACACACAGGGAAAUGGGUGGUAUUAAUUCUCUGCAUGGAAUGAAACAGAAUUGUUCCUCUCCCUGUGCGUCUGAUACCCAGAAUGCUUCUAAAGGUUCAGAGAGGGGUAAGGAGAGGAGCCCGUCUGCGCAGGGUGAUAGCAUCACAAGCCUUCCUAUAAGCAUCCCUCUAAGCACUGUCCACCCGAGUAAGCUCCCAGUCAGCAUCCCACUGGCCAGCGUGGUGCUGCCCAGUCGUGCUGAAAGACUGAGAAGUACCCCAAGUCCUGUGUCUCAGUCAGGCCAGACCAAUGGAUAUUCAUCCAGCUCAGGGCUGAUGAAUGGAGGCUCCCAUCCUGAGGACCACAACAGUGCUUCUUCAUCACCUCCUCCACACGCUAAUACUCUUCUGACAGGACCAGCGGGCCGAGGAGGUCACAUCCAGAGCCCUCCUCUCAGUACUGGAGGGGUGCUCCAGUAUGCUGAUGGCCCCCCGAGGAUCCUUCCAGAAGACGUUCAGGAUCACCAGGGAGCCGAAUCAGACAUGGAGCCCCAGGACAGUGAAAUGCGGAGGAGGAUCUUCUUCUCUUCUUCCUCCUCUUCAUCCUCGUCUUCCUCUUCGUCAGGCAGCGGAGGCAGCACUGGUGGAGGAUCACGCCUCCACCAUCACGCCGGCAACUCAGCCAAGCAGGGAUACCAUGGUAACCAUGGAAACCACCACCACCACCAGUCUCCUGGCACGCAGCACACUCAUCAACCCACACACAUGUCGUCAUCACAUUCCUCUCACAGCCUCGGCCCUCAGGAAGGACGGAAGAGGGGACGGAGGAAGAGAAACUCAGCAGUGUCCGUCACAGCAAGUGGAUCCCCAAAGAGGAGGUCAUUCCCUGGGCUCGGCUCCAACAACCACUCCUCAGGAUCGCCACUCAACAUUAACUCUAUGGUGAAUAACAUCAAUCAGCCUCUGGAGAUCUCUGCCAUCUCCUCCCCUGAGCAGUCGAGCCGCAGCCCCAGUGGGCCUGACCUGGACCAGCCUCCCAUCUUAAAGAGAGAGCGCCCCCUGGAGCUCAAUGGCACUUGUCGUUACUCCUCAGCCCCAAGCUCUGAUGAUGAGGACUCAGGAUACCCUGCAGACAGCUCUAGUUCACGGAUUGAAAGAAAAAUUGCCACUAUUUCCUUGGAGAGCAGAGAUGGACCUGGUAGACUUGGAGAGAGUGAAAGAGGCAGGAAAUCUGGUAGCAGCAGUGGUAACAGCACAGGCAGUGAGGCGUCCUCCUCCUCCAUGUCCUCGACCAGCAAGUGGAAAUCCACCUUUUCACCCAUUUCUGACCCUAAGCAGCCAAACUCAGACCUGAGACAAGGGGGCUCUCCGUUCGGCAUAGGGGGGUCUAGCCGGGGCACAGACUCAGAUACUGACCACAAACAGCAUCAGCAGGCGAGGAGGGGAAGCGAUGGAGAGUCGUCCAGCUACAUGACCCCUAACCCCUUCCUCAGUCAAGAAAUAGGGACCCGGGGUUGUGGCAGCAGUGGUGGUGCACAGGGAGGUAGUGCUUCAGACCAGCGCCAGGCCCUUCAGAAACAGAAAGCCCCUCGAGACUGGGAUCCAAAGACGAGCGUUAGUCAGAACCUCUUCAUCUCUGCGGCCGCCAGCAGUGGAGGAGGAAUUCUGAGUGGGAAGGUGGGGGGAAGUCCAGUAGCAGUUUCCUCCACCACAGGGUCGUCUGUGGGACAGUACCUGGCAUCUCAGUUUCCCCUUGGAGGGACCUCAGUCUUACAGUCCCUGUUCGGGGCCCAGACAGGCGGAUCAACGGUGAGUGGGAGCACACGACACGUCAACGGACACGCGGCCCUGGGAAGCUUCUCCAGUGCAGGUCUGGCAGGGGGAGCAGCUGGAGGUAUAUUUCACCACGUGGUCCCCACAGUGUCCUCCCAUCAGUUUGGGGCCACCCUGCCCACCUCUGGAGGCCUCAGCUCUCUGCUCAGUCUCUCCUCCUCCUCCUCCUCCUCCACCUCCUCCCAAACCCAGCAGCAUACAACCUCCCAAGCUGCCUCCACGCGCUCAGCCCCCGCCUCCUCACCUCUCCCUCUCUCACAACACAGCCGCAUCCAGUCUGUCCUGCACAGCCCUUCUCCUCCCACGCUCUCCCUGCCCCCUCCUCCACCCCUGCACAGUGCCCCCACCUCUUCCUCCACCUCCUCGACAACCACUCACUCUGAUGCCCCCCCAUCCUCUCGUUCAGACUCCCAUCACUCCUCCCGUGUGUCCUCCCUCCACCACCAGAGAGCACAGUCAUCCCUCUCCUUCUCCAGCUCCUCUUCUUUGUCCUCUUCCUCUGCUUCUGUCUCUGUUGCUGCUGCCGCUACUUCUUCCCACUCUUCCUCUCUCUCCACCUCCUCCUCUUCGUCUCAUCCAUUCGCAGUGCAUUACUCCCCUCGACUGCCCCAACCACCACCGGCCAGCAGCUCAGGUGGUGGCGGGAGCAUGUGGAGGACUCAGAACAUGCAUGGUACCCACACCCCCUCCCAGCUCCCAAGCUCCCGGCCUAGAUAAGGUUUGGGAGUGAGCGGAAGGUGGAUGUAGGAUGGAGAAGGGGAAGGGUGAAGGGCAAUCAGAGAGAGGGAGAGGGAGAGAAUGAGAGAGACUGGUAGAAUGAGAGACAGGAUACCUGUUUUAUUUUCCUGUGCUCCCACGAGCUGUUGUUCUGAUUGAACAAGGUAAUUGAUGAAAACUACCUCAACAUUAAAUAAACUAUGCAAAUGUCCAGGUGUGGACCAGGGCACUCUCCUCGCUCACUGGUGCUUCAAAAUGUCUCUGCUGCCCAACUGCCUCCAAGACCGGCCUCUGUACUGGGAACUCUGACACACACACAUUAACACACACAAAAAUGCCACCACUAUCCUCACGUUGAGCAGAGUUCACUUUGUUUUGGUCAUGCUUCUGUGUGACGUGGUGAAAAAUCAGACCCCACUGCACUUAAUAAUCAAGAUGUCUUGUUUAACAUAAAGGUGCUCGACGCUGCAAUAGCUGACUAGUUUUAACAUAGUCUCUAUCAUAGCAGCAGAUGUUUAACACAACAAAUGUUAACAUUUCACAUUAGAUUGAAGCACAAGUCCCAUGUUUUGAGCUUCAUCUCAUCAUGUCAGCCUCAAACUCACACAGACAACCAUUUCACUGAACUCUGCUCAGAUGUCAUGCAGUUUGAUGCCUCUGCAUGUGCGCCCUCUCUCUCUUCCUUCUGUUAUAUCCAAUAUGUGAUUUGUUGUGAUGAUGAAAUAUGAAUCAAGAUGAGGAUAGUUUGGUUUCUUGUCACACUGGAAAGUAGGUCACAGUUAAUCAUGAAGCAGAAGAUGUACAAGUCCCAGCUGGUUAAUUGACACCCCUUUGAAAGCUUUACUUUUUUUAGGAUUUUAAUCCAUGACUCCCUUUUCAAUCCUGUUACUUCAAAACAAAGUAAUAAUAAUAAUUAUUAUUAAUAAUUUAAAAUUUAGCUGUUGCAGCUUCCCUGUUCGGCAAAAACAAAGUCCAGUUUCCUUUCUUUGCAACUGAUGUGAAACCAGUUAAGCCUGCGUUUUGAGUGAUAGUGUGAACAAUUAUGAUUUCCUGGUGUGCUUCAGUGUUUCUUAUCUAAUAUCACAUAUUUAAAAUAUUAGUGAAAGUUUCCAUUUCUGCUUCAAAAAGGAGCAACCACUCAUACUUUUCUGAAUGAAUCAUAGAUUAAAUAAUUACUGUCUUUAAAUCAGCACACAAUAUUUUUUACAUUUUGAACAAGCAACAUUCAGAGGGCGCUAACAAAACAAAGCAAAGACGAGUACAUCUUCUUGUAUUAAAACCCAUGAAAUCCAUGAAAUGAAACGGUGCUUUGUGUAGACAUCAUCAGCCGCUCUUUAGUGGAGACAAAGUGUUUCUUCUAACACUUUUGGUAUCUUUGUUUCGUGCUUUAGUGAAGCUGAAUCCAGGUAAAAACAAUUUCAGUAAAACGACAGAAAAAUCCUUCUCCUUUUUCUAUUUAUUAAUCAACACUACCAUGUGGGAGACUCUUACAGCAGGAAUUUUUAACCCUUCUUAAGCUAAACUUGUCUUUGUAUUUAUCUCUGCUGUGGGAAGUGCAGGUUUAAUAAGACUCGAAUAUUGACACACGUGUGAAAUGAUACUGCAUUCAGCUCAGACACACUCAUGCAUUCAGCUCCUCACACUGAGAAACAACCACCCAUGACCACAUGAAACUACUGGACUCUUCACACCUUUUUUUGUUUGCUUUUUUAAUGUCUUAUUUGUUUUUGUAAACAAUGUUUGUACUGUGAAUGUGAUCCAUUCUCUGUAUAGUUGUGUAUAUUUUUAGAUUAUUAUAUUUAUGCUGUCAGUCUCUUCAUUUGCCUUGUCGUUUGUUUUUCUCUUUAUUUUUGUUAUAAAUCCUGAAAUGUGUCGACAUUGUAGAAUGCAAUAGUGUGUGUACUUGACUCACAGUCUGAAAACAAUGGUGCUACAUUUGGACUGUUCCUGAUCUUAUUUAUUCUGCCGUGAAAACAUCCGAUACAAAUUGAAUACUUGGUGCUGUACACAGGGACGUUUUUAAAGCUGUUUUUUGGCAUUUCUGUUCCUCAUAUUUAAACUGUCUGGUUCUCUGAAUGCCUACUGUACACCUGUAGACUCCACCUUUAGCUGAAACUACUCUGCAACAGCUGGCGCCGUGUGAGCGAACAGCUUGGGCAUGUUUCUCACAUGGUGUAAACUUCUGUUAGUGAACAAGACACACUGUUUCUGUACAUAAUGUUUUGUUUUCCCCUUUUAUGUCUCUCCAUCAUAAACAGAAAGGUAUAUUAAUGUAUCUAUAUACAGUCUAUAUAUAUGAGUAUAUCUAUUAGUGAAAUGAGAUGUUUGGUGCUGGCAUUGUGACCUUAAACUCAGCCUGUUAAACAGGAGGCUCGAAGCCAAGGAGCAACAGAUGGUGCCUGCAACAACACGGUGACACAGCUUCACCUGAGCCCUUGUGGCACCCACAGGAGGCUCGACUAAAACCAUCAUCGCUUAUAUUGGAUGUUUCUUUUGUUUUUUAUAUCAACCCAGAUUCUUCAGGAAAAAUGGUGCUUCUGUUUCCAAACAAUCGCAAUUCCAAUUUCUCAAACUGGUGCAUACACAACUAAGUGUGAGCCUCUCACACACAGUUUGUCUUUAAAUGUCUUAAUGACUAGCCCCUCUACCUUUUAAUGUGUGGAUUUGUUUAUUUGCAAAAAGUUAAAACACUCUUAAUAGAGUGUAUGCGAGCAGCCAAGCUUCCUUUUUUUCCCCUCCCUCAUAGUGGGAACACACUUCAGCUCAAAGUGUACACACUUUGUUUCUCCACUAGUGGGGUUAUAUCUGAGAGAAGGGAAGAUUAGACUAUUAAUGAAAGCUUUAUUGUCCUGUCCUGUGCACUCACUCUGCAGACAGACAGGUGGUUUUCACCUGCGAGUGUCAAGGUGAAAGCGGUCCUUUUAGAUCAGAAUUAGAGACUGUUUGUUACCAGCACUGAGAGCUCUUUUUUUGUAAUUAUUGUUAAUGCUGUUAUGAUUUUCUUACUCUUGGUGUUUGAUAUGACUGCAGUUCCAUGUUGAGCUUUUAAAUGUCUUCGGAUUCCUGUCAGUUUUUAAUACUACUCGUCAGACAGACAGCACGGUGCUCUCCUACACUUAAAACAAGGAAAUUGCAGCUAUUGAUGAAUACUACUCUUCUACUGUUGUGCUGCAGGGUUUCAUGGGUUAAUAACCUUCAACACAAGCUCACCUGGCAGCUUUCUUACGAUCUGGUCAAAUCUGCAUAAGUUUCUCUAAUUUGGAUUGGCGGCGUUGUGUAUGUGCAUGUGGGAAUAGUUUUUGGGAGGUUUCGUUCAUCACAGAUUUCAACCAGUUUUUUUUAGCUUCUCGUACAAUCAGUCCGGGGGGUGAGGUGCUGUUAUUAACGUCCUUGGCGUACAAACAUGAUUUGAAUGAAAGCUUCAAUGCAGAUCUCCAGUGCGUUCAGUUCUGAGGCAUUGUUGUAAAUCUGUGAGAGCUGUUUACUCGAAUUCCUGCCAAAGGUCUUAACUCAGGAACUUCCCUUGAAAUGAUGUAAACAACUUUAUUUAAACUACUGCUUGUCACAAAUGUUUUCACCAUUUUGUGGCAUUAUGAAGUCCCUUUUUUAACCCAACUCAGGACCCCUACAUCCCCUCAGAGAGCGAGCGAGUGAGUGAAGGCAAAAAAAAACUUGGCAGCCUUUCAUAUCUCCCAAGACUAUUUCUCACUAUCACAUACACGCAGCCUGACCAGUGAAAUCCAGAUUUCUAAAGCUUUAUGAGUCAGAUUGAUCUCGAGAAGCUGUGAAAUGGCUCAGACUUUCAGCAUCUUCCUCAUCUCACAAAUGCCUCUGUCUUUAUCUGUGUCUAAGAAGGCGGUUCACUGUCCUUUGUGAUGAUUGCUCCCGCUAUCUAAGGAGUAAACUGACACUGGACACGUGUGACCUACCGUUGGUGUAUAGCGAUCUCUAAUGGAUGAAGCCAGGGCAGGUUUGAGGUGCAAUAACAGCAAACCUACUUUCCAAAAGGCCCUGGGAUUUCAUGAUAAAAUUGUUACUGUUUGGUGUUGGUGCUUUUAUCCUAAGAUGUUAUAAUGAAACAAAUGGAGUUAAU